GUCCGUUGUUCGCAGUUUGCAUGAGCACGCCGAAUCCGUUCCAGCGCUUUGCGCGCCCACGGGACGAGGCCCAGCCCAAGCAGCGAGUCAAGAGACUGCUGUCGCCGAGAGCGGCUACACCGGCCAAGCGGCAGCGGCCCGAAGCUACGACCAAGGAGGAAGCGAUUGACGACGACCCCCGCCUGGCCAUGCUCGCCCGCAUGCAGUCCAUUCGCAAGGGCAUGAUCGCGCAAGUCGAUAUCUACGGCACGCAGCAGCUGUACAGCGCCACGAUGGCGCCCAAGGACCAGCGCUGGCAGAUUCUGAUCGCGUCGCUUCUGAGCACGCAGACACGAGACGAAAUCACGGCGGCCGCUAUGAUGCGGCUCCACACGUUGCCUGGCGGUCUCACACUUGCGUCCGUGCUGGCGCUCUCAGUCGCCGAGCUUGAUGCGCUGCUGUGUCCCGUCGGAUUCCACUUGAAAAAGGCAGAGCAGUUGCUGCGCAUUGCAGAGAUACUGCAGACGCGCUACGGCAGCGACAUCCCUGUCUCGAUUGCCGACCUUAUGGAGCUUCCAGGCAUCGGUCCAAAGGUCGCGCGCUUGAUCGCCCUCGUGGCUUGGAACCGCGCCGACGGCAUCAUUGUCGACACCCACGUCCACCGCAUCGCGCGUCGGCUCGGCUGGACAUCCGCGACAGUGAAGACCGCCGAAGACACUCGGCGAGAGCUCGAGGCGUGGAUUCCGGCCGACAAGUGGGGCGACAUGUCCAAGCUUCUGAUUGGCUUUGGCCAAACGCACUGCAAAGCGUACCUUGACCCAAUGUUGAGCGUUUGCGCCAACUAUGCCGACCAAGAAGGUACCGUCGUCGAUGGUACGCUGGACACGGGUAGCACUGCAUUGACGCUCGUGGCAUCCGCGCUUGUCAUGAUCGUGACGCCUUCUUCCGUUCUUCUACGCCGGCCCCGCAGGCAAAGACAUGGCGUCCAACACGAUGAUGAUGACGGUCAUGCGUCCCAAACCAGUUUUUGGCUACUCGGUACAACAGCCUUUGGCUCGGACGGACUUUACAGCUGGGCCACGUACGUUCGUCAAGGUCGGGAAGCCCCCGAGUGCCACGUGCGCGCGACCUCGUCACCGCACAUUGUUGUUGCUCUCUUCCAGACGCAAUUCGCGACGAUUACGCCGGCGCUGCUCAGCGUCGAUCGCAUUAGGUUUAGCACCUACGUCAUCCUUCUCCUCCUAUGUACGCCCAUCGUCUACGACCCGCUCGCCAACUGGAUGUGGUCUAGGAAGCUCGGCGACAACUGGGCGAUCAAGGUCGUGGGCUGGGAAGGCAAACUUGAUGCGCUCGACUUUGCCGGCGGCUCCAUCAUCCACGUUCCGAGCGGCAGCCCUCAUCUGGGCUACUCGUUUGUCGACACGACGCUCCUCCUCAUCCUUGCGCUCAAGCACACCAGCGUCUCCAAGGAGAAGGAAAUCCUCGGCGUGGACGUCGUGUACCGACCACAUGCUCACCCCGGCGAGAUGGAGUGA